AUGGUUAACGUAGUUGUUUGUGCUGCUUCCGAUAAUUUGCCCGAGAAAGUAGGGGAGUACGUUCUGCGCAAGCAGGACGAGGCUCUGGCCCGCGGGUCCGUGUUCAAUUUGGCGAUCAGCGGCGGGUCCCUCGUCAAUGUGCUGAAGACGGCGCUGAUUGACGACAAGAAGGUCGCGGACAAAGUCCAGUGGUCCAAAUGGAGAGUGUAUUUCGUCGACGAGAGAAUCGUCAGCUUGACGCACCCGGACAGCAACUACGGUGCGUUCAAGGAGGCCGUGCUCGACCAUUUGCCCUCUGGUGUGCAGGUUCAAGUGUUUCCCAUUAACGCUUCGCUGGCGGGGAAAGGUCCCGAGGCCUACGAACAGGUCGCGAAGGAGUACGAGGAAAUCCUCCCAAAGAAAUUGGACACUCUUCUGUUAGGGUGUGGCCCAGACGGGCACACUUGCUCGCUGUUCCCAGACGCGGAACACGCGUACCUCGUCGCUGAGAGACAGAAGAGAGUCAUCUGGUGCCACGACUCCCCCAAGCCUCCUAGCGACAGAGUCACCAUCACCAUCCCCGUCAUGGAUGCCGCUGGAGACAUCGCGUUCGUUGCCACGGGCAGCUCGAAACAGCCAGUGAUGCACCAGAUUUUUGACAAGAAGGACACAAAAUUGCCCACCGCACUGGUCAACAAGUUGUUCGGCGGGAAAGUUACUUGGUUCGUCGACGACCAAGCGUUCACAAAGGUGGAAACGAAAACUUUCUGA